AUGAAUGGCAGCCUUGAGGAAGCCUCCUCAUUGGACACAGCCGAUUACGAUCCCAUGAACCACCUCAAUCUGAUCUUCUCGCAUCCAUCAACCAUUUCCUCCCUGAGCCAAGUCUCCAAGACUCUCCGAGCUCAUCAGAAUGACCUGUCGGACGAGAUCGACGCCCUGGAAACAGUCCAGGCAUACAAGCCAAACUCGAGUCUCGAGCGCAUGCAGUCGGCCCAGACGGAGCUGGCGCAGCUCUUCCGCAAGAUUGAGACGGUCCGAUCCCGGGCGAUCGAGACGGAGCAGAACAUCACUUCGAUGACGGCCGACAUCAAGAGGCUCGACGGCACCAAACGAAACCUGACGCUCAGCAUGACGGCGCUCAAGCGCCUGCAGAUGCUGACGACGGCGUACGAGCAGCUGCGAGGCCUGGCCAAGACGAGGCAAUACCGCGACUACCGGAGCAUCGAGCAGAUUGCGACGCUGAGCCGCGAGGUCUCGGAGCUGCAGCGCGAACUCCUGGAGCAGGUCUGCGAGGACUUUGAGAUGGCCUUUGCCAAAGGUGAGGUGGCCGCCAAGAAGGGCACGCUGAUAGAGGCCUGCUACGUCAUGGACGCGUUGGGUGACUCGGCCAAGUCUCGACUCAUCACCUGGUACGUCAACACGGAGCUGCGGGAAUACCGCCAAGUUUUUCGAGGAAACGACGAGGCGGGGAGCCUGGACAAUAUUGGGCGGCGAUACGCGUGGUUCAAGCGGAUGAUCAAGACGCACGAAGACGAACACGCAAUGCUCUUCCCGCCACACUGGCGAAUGAACGAGCUGCUGGCCACGGCGUUUUGCGAGGGGACUCGCGAUGAUUUUAAGGGCAUCUUGGAGCGGAGCAUGCGGCGCACCGAUGGCCAAAAGAUCGACGUCAAUAUGUUGCUCAAUUGCCUGCAAGAGACGCUGGAUUUUGAGCAGACGCUGGAGAAACGCUUCUCAAACGAGCCGCGGGCGAGCAUCGACACACUUAGCUCGGCCGAGGAGAAGACGCACAGCUUCAACGCGCUCAUCUCUGCCGCCUUUGAGCCGUACCUCGGUCUCUGGGUCGAGUCGCAGGAGAAGCAGCUGGCGGCCAUGAUACCAAAAUACCGCAGCCAACCUCCCUUGCCGCCGGACGAGGAGUUCUCACCGCAGGCCGUCAUGACGUCGGCCAUUGAGCUGUUUCACUUCUACAAGCUUACCCUGUCGCAAUGCGCCAAGCUGUCACCCAGCGAGUGCUUGCUAGACCUGUCCAAGACGCUGGCAAAAUACCUGGACGAGUACGCCCAGCAGGUGCUGCUCCACAAGCUACAAGCCGGGGGACAACAAGGCCCCUCGAUCCAGGAGGCGGUGCUUGUCUUGAACACGGCCGACUUUUGGCACACCAACACCAACCAGCUGGAGGAGAACAUCAAGAAGCGCAUCGACAACGAACUCGUACCCAAGGUGGACCUCACGUCGCAGUCGGACGCCUUCUUGGGGGUUGCGAGCGCGGCAGUGCUGGCGCUGGUGCACGUUGUGGAGCUGGAUUGCGAGGGCGUGUGGCGUGAGAUGCGAAACACGAACUGGAGCACAAUGGACAGCGCGGGUGACCAGAGCUCCUACGUGGGAGAGUUGGUCAAGCACGUCAACGGCAAGACGCAGGAGAUUCUGGGCGUGGUGGCCAAGCAGCAGUACGCGCGGGCCUUCUGCGACAACUUGGUGGAGCAUCUGGCGACGGGCUACAUCAGCAACAUUGUGCAAUGCCGGCCCAUCUCCGAGAUCGGUGCGCAGCAGAUGCUCGUGGACAAGUACGCCCUGACCAAAUCGUUUGGAAACUUGCUGUCGCUCCACAACCCGUCGCCCGAGCCGCAGCCACCGCCGUCGAGCUUCGUGAGGAGGGUUGAGCACUCGAUGAACCGGAUGGAUCCGCUCCUCAAGACGCUGCAGGUGCGGGCGGCGCCUCCGGAAGGUCUUGUGCAGGCAUACCUCAUCCACAUUGCGGAUCGGUCCGACAGCAACUUCAAGAAGAUACUGGAGCUCAAGGGGGUGCGGAAGCAAGAUCAGGCACACUUGAUGGAGCUGUUUGGCAUUCACCGAGAAAGCAGCAGCUCCAACGACAAGCUGGCGCAGAACUCUGCGCUCUUGACGCCGCUCAUGGCGGGCUCCGGCGUCGGCGGCGUCACGGGCAUCGGAUCGAUGAACCCGACGGCGGCGUCGGCGGGCACGCGAUUCGAGGCUGGGUCGCUGGGGGAGAAGCUACUCAGCGCGGCGCGGGACAUUGGCACGAGCAGCGGGGCAGACCGCGGGGCGCCGAGCGGGCUGGAGAAGGCGACGAUCAACGAGAACCUGCGCAACUUUGGCAAGUUCUUCAAGAAGGAUUUCGGGGGCUUCGGGGCCAGGUUCGGGAAGCGGGACGGGAGCCUGGGGGCCGACGAAGGGCAGCGUUGA